AUGGCGCCACACCUCGCUACCUCGCAGCACCACCUCGUUCGCGAUAUGAUCCUCGAUGGGAUGCUCACAGCUGCUCAGAUAGCCACAGUGGCUGACUGCAGCAAGCGCUCGGUUAAAGCAAUAAGAUCUAACCUCCGCCACUUCCACUCUACAAUGGCUCCUGCGAACGGGGGCGGGAGACGACGAUCGAUCACGCCACCGAUGCUAGACGCGCUUAGCGAACACCUGCUCGAGAAGCCAGGCCUAUACCAGGAGGAGAUGGCACUCUUCCUGUGGGACGAGUUCAGCGUUCUCGUCUCUACACACAGCAUCAGUAGAACCUUAAGGGCGGUAGGAUGGUCGAAGAAGGUUGCUCGGCAGAUUGCGAGAGAGCAGAACGCAGACUUGCGAGACUUUUACCCCUACAACCUGACACAGUUCCAGUCGUACCACCUUGUCUUCAUUGAUGAGUCUGGCUACGACAAACGUAUUGGAUUUAGACGCACGGGAUGGUCUCCUCUUGGCGUAGCACCUGUGCAGGUGGCCAAAUUCCAUCACGACCGGCGCUAUCAGAUCCUGCCGGCGUACACUCAGGAUGGGAUCUUGCUCUCGCAAGUGUUUCAAGGCUCAACAGACAGCGCUGUGUUCGAGGACUAUAUAGAGCAACUGCUCCCCCAUUGUGGUAGGUGGCCAGAACCAAAGUCUGUGCUUGUGAUGGACAAUGCAUCGUUCCACCACACGGAGCGACUCGAGCAGAUGUGCUGCGACGCUGGCGUCAAGCUGAUGUACCUGCCGCCAUACUCACCAGACCUGAACCCGAUCGAAGAGUUCUUUGCCGAGCUGAAGGCGUUCAAGAAGAACUGGCGUGCCUUUGAAGACGCGCCGGAGCAAGGCUUUGAUGCUUUUUUGGAAUGGUGUAUAGACGUGGUGGGCGGAAAGCAAGACAGCGCCAAAGGCCACUUUAGGCACGCGGGAAUCGCGGUUGAGGAGUUCUGA